AUGUUUAUAUCUGAGGACUUAGACCCAGAAGCACUGAAAAAUGAAGCCAACAUAAAAUGGAAAGAGGGAAAUAUGGAAGAGGCCAAUUUAAUAUGGAGGCAGGCAUUAAAGGAAUGUAUUAAAUAUUCCAUGAGAGGUAUUCCUACAAACAAAAAUAGAGAUAUGCAAAUAUCUCUCAGAUUAAAUUUAUCUUUAUAUCAUUAUAAAAAAAAAGAAUACUCAGAUUGUAUAAAUCAAUGUAAUAUAAUAAUAGAUAAUUUGAUCAAUCUGAAUGAAAUGUUGGAGCAUUAUAAUAUGGGAGAUGAGGAAACAAACAAAAAGGAAAAUAACAUUUUGAGUGACAAUAAAAGUGAUAAUAUAAGUGAUAAUAUAAGUGACAAUGAGAAGGAUAAAUCGAAUGAUAAUCUAAGAGAGAAAAAAUAUAUUAUAAAGAAAGACAUUCUUAUUAAAAUAUUUUUAAGAAGAGCUAGUUCAUUUUUAUGUUUACAAGAAUUUAAUAAAUGCAAUGAAGACCUAGAUAUAAUCAAAAAGCUAGAAAAUGAUGAUGUUGAAGCAGCUAUAUUAGAGAAGAAAAUGAUAAUAGAAAAAAAAGAUUAUGAAAGAAAACAAAAAGAGUUGUAUAAAAAAAUGUGUAAUAGCAAAUAA